AUGUCGAACCCAAGCGCUCCGUCCCAUCGUAACGUCUCGAGCGUCCGCUCUCCAUCAACCACGCAGCCAGGCCAGCCUAUGAGCCCCCACACCCCUCAUCGAACCAUAACCACUACAUUCGGAUCGCCUUCUGCAUUGCGCGCAGAAGAAGAGUGCGUUGUGAUUGAGCUCGGCAGCCGGUAUCUCAGAGUGGGGUUUGCGGGCGACGCGCUCCCGAAAGCUGUGAUUGAUUUUGGGCCGGAGGAACAGCGCAGGGCAGGGGAUUACAGGAGAUGGAGGGUCGAUUAUGAACCAUCCGAAGAAAGCCAUCUGCAGCUGAAGGGCUGGGGAGAGGCGUACGAGCUAUGGAGGCAAGAUCUGAGAGGCUUGGAUAUGGGGCUGGUGGGGGACAAGCUUGAUAGAGCUGUUAGGGAGGCAUUUGCAAAGUACCUUUUGAUUGACUCUCGGCCGAGACGAAUGCUUGUGACUGUACCAUCUGCGUUGCCGCUCCCUCUGCUAUCUACGAUACUUGAUACUCUGUUCACGAACUUCCAACCACCGACUAUAUCCUUAAUGUCAGCCCCAGUCCUCACGGCUGUAGCUGCCGGAUUACGCUCUGCGCUUGUGGUUGAUAUCGGAUGGGUAGAGACAGUGGUGACUGCUGUGUACGAGUAUCGAGAGGUCCAGUGCACACGAUCAGUAAGGGGUAUGAAAAUGCUUGGAGAAGCGACAUUCAAAAUGCUUGCGGAAGCUAUCGAUAUUGCAGGGACUGCCGACAAGCCAAAGGACGAGGAACUUCCCAGCUUCGAGGAGUGCGAGGAGGUUUCGAUUCGAAUGGCUUGGUGCAAGUCUGCGAAGAAGCCCCAGCGUACGUCGCUGGCUCGUGGACUUGCGCAUGUGGAGGACGAGGAAGCCUUGAGAGCCGGCAUGCGAGAUUUGCAUGUGGACAGGAAGCUUGAUGAGGAUGCGACAGUCUCCAUACCGUUGAAGUCGACGAAACCACGGAGGACCCUGGAGCUAUCCUUUUCUGACUUGGCAGAACCCUGUGAAAAGGCUUUAUUUGCAACCGAGACACCUGAGAAGGAUCUAGACGAUGAGGAGCUACCUCUCCACUUGUUGAUCUACAGAAGUCUACUCAAACUACCUGUCGACGUGCGAUCAGUAUGCAUGUCCCGGGUAGUCUUCGUUGGCGGAGGAUCACAUAUUCUCGGACUGAAAGGCAGAGCUCUCGACGAAGUGGCAAACCUCAUGGAUGAGCGUGGGUGGGAUCCAGUCUCAGGCAAAGCAGUGGAACAGCUUCGUUCGAAUACAAAACUGCGGCGAACACGGUCGAGGCAAGAUGGACCUACAGAGGUGUUGCAAGUAGACGAAAAACCCGCAGUGCCGAUUAUUCCUGCAGAUCAGCAAGAGCAAGAAGCCGAUCCCAUCGAACAGGAGCUGAAGCGAGAAGCUAGUAAAGGGGUUCCGGCUACAGUAUCGGGAUCACUGCGUGCUGUGGAUUCGCUUGGAGCAUGGUCUGGAGGAAGUCUGUUGUCCCAGCUCAAGAUCCCCGCCAUUUCGAUGGUAGAGCGGGAGCAGUGGCUACAGCAAGGUGCCUCUGGAGCUUCGAGGUCUAUUGAUAUUUCAAUAUCUGCUCAUCGGCAUACUUUGAGUGCUGGAGCAUUGAGGACUGGAGCAGGAGACAGGUCCAGCUGGACUUUGGGUCUUUGGGGCUGA